AUGUCUCCUAGAAUAACAAGAUCUUCUGCCCGGCAAGCAGCUAGUCUCGCAGCUUCAUCGACACAAUCCGCUGCCGGCGCCGAUCCCGCCGCGAACGCCCCUGCACCCGCACCCGCGAGCUCCAGUCCUCAGAACCCUACCGCUACCGCCUCUGCGUCACGGAAGCGAAAGGCUCCAGCUCAACCACCCAGCCCUACUCCGGGAACCCAGCAGUCGUCGACCGCCUCAACGAGACGAUCGAAGCGCCAGAAAGUCGCUGAUCCCGCUCCGGCACCUCAACUUCCUACCCAAACGCCGCCUGCACCUCUACGUCCCAAGAGAAAAGGCAAAGCUUCUGCAGCCAUGUCCAGCCCAGACACCCCUGCAGCUGCUGCAAACACAUCAGAGAACAAUGCUCCUUCCGGAUCCUCUAGCCGCAAAUCGAGCAGAAGCAAGAGGACUGCCCCCAGUGCUACAGAUCCGUCUGCCAACACAUCCAGCUCUUCUCGUCGGACGAAACGAAACGCCGCAAACAACGCUGAUCAAGAUACUCCCAUGACCGGCACAGAGGAAGCAGAGAAGGGGGCAAUCCCGCCUCCGCCGCCACCUCCCCCUCCCGAGCAUCACGACGACGAUGAUAGUGACGAGAACGACGACGAUGACGACGGUCGGAGAUACGAUGAUGACGAUGAUGACCCCUUCGGUGGGUUUGGCGGCCCCGGAGGCCCUGGAGGACUGUCCAGCACACUGCGGGCACUCACGGGCAUGAUGUCAGGCAUCUCGUCUAGGUUGCGCGAGCUUCUGAUCAACCUUCGGCAAAAGGACGACCCUUCUAUCCAGCUGAUCGCUUUGCAAGAACUGUCCGAGAUUUUGCUGGUAUCAAACGAAGACAACCUGACUGGCCACUUCUCUCCCGACUCGUUUGUCAAGGAACUUGUGAUCCUCAUGCAGCCUAACGAGAUCACCGGCGAGGAGAACCCGGAGAUCAUGCUUCUCGCGUGCCGGUGCUUGGCGAAUCUGAUGGAGGCCCUUCCCAGCAGCGUCGCCAACGUCGUCUACGGCGGUGCUGUGCCGGUUCUUUGCCAAAAGCUCUUGGAGAUCUCCUUCAUCGACCUUGCCGAGCAAGCUCUGAGCACGUUGGAGAAGAUUUCUGCCGAGUAUCCUUCCAGCAUCGUCAGGGAGGGCGGCCUUACGGCCUGCUUGUCAUACCUAGACUUCUUUGCUACCAGCACACAAAGGACGGCCGUGACAACAGCGGCGAACUGUUGUCGAAACAUUCCCGAGGACUCAUUUCCCGUCAUCAAAGACGUUAUGCCCACCCUUCUCAACGUCCUGGGUAGCAGUGACCAGCGCGUGGUCGAGCAGGCCUCUAUUUGCGUCUCGGGAAUCGUCGAGAGCUUCAAGUACCAAUCAGCAAAGCUGGAGGAGCUCGUCAGCGUGGAUCUCUUGAAGGCUGUCCUGCGGCUGCUCGUACCAGGCACGACCAACCUCAUUGGACCUAACAUCCACACCCAGUUCCUCCGAGUUCUGGCGUUCACAGCCCGUGCCAGUCCCCAACUUUCGGCGGAGCUAUUCAAGCUAAAUGUCGUCGAGACGCUCUAUCAGAUUCUCACCGGCGUUUCUCCGCCCAGUGGGACGGACGACGUCGCCUCUAAGCUUGACAGUGUUGUUAUCAUGCAAGCACUGAUUCAUCGCCCAAGAGAGCAGAUCAUUGAGACUUUGAACGUCAUUUGCGAGCUUCUCCCCAGUCUUCCUCGCAACGCGGACCCUUCAUACGGCGACUUUGUCGAGAUGAACGCGACCGAGCCCAUCACUCCUGCCUCGACCACCCCCGGAAGGGCGCGCAAGUCGCCAAACGACAAGCGUAUUGAGCUGUUGGACGGGUGCAAAGCCGAGGUCCGCCGUUUUGCCCUGAUCUUGUUCCCGACCUUGACGGACGCCUUCUCAAGCACCGUCAACCUCAACGUCCGGCAAAAGGUCCUCACGGCGCAGUUGAAGAUGCUCUCAAACCUGGAUGAAGGUAUCCUGGGAGAAUCCUUGAAGACUGUCCCCUACGCCUCUUUCCUCGCCUCGAUUCUCUCGCAGCAGGAUCACCCUUCUCUCGUGAUGUUGGCGCUGCAGGCUACUGAGCUUCUUCUGAGCCGCCUGGAUGACGUAUACCGCUACCAGCUUUACCGCGAGGGUGUCAUUUCAGAAAUCACCAAGCUUGCUGCCGAGGAGCAAACGCCGCCACCCGCCCCCGAGGCAAACGAGCCGCAAGAAGCCAACACCGCGGAUCGACAGGCAUCGGCAGAGCCUGGAGAUCAGUCAUCAGACAACGAAGAGUCGGAAGACGAAGAGGAGCACGAAGAGUCUGACGAUGACGAGAACGACGAGGAUCAUGAAAACGAGCCUCACCCUGACGAUAUUUCAGGGUCGCCCGUUAGCUCAAGAGGAUCUACCAUGUCCCUUGACGGGCCCCCUCAGCACUUCCUGUCCGAUAUUCAGUCCAUGCGCUCUCGAAUCCGCGAGGUGGCGAAGAAGUUCUUGGAGAACCACGAGACCGAGAAGCAUGGUAAGACCAUGAAGAAGAAGGCCGCCAAGAUUCUUUCCAACCUUUCGGACCUUGCGGAAGAAAUCGAAGCCUUCUACCUCCACAGAACCGCAAGCAAUCUCGCACCUGAGAAUGGUGUGGAGCUGUUCAAGAGGCUGGCAUCGUCUUUUGACGCCGAUGUCCUUGAGAGCGUCACGAGUGCAGAGCUUUUGGCAUCUGGCCUCGUACGAGUUCUGUUGGACGUGUUCAGCAACCCUGACGAGGAACUGGCUCGAUCGGCACAGUCUGCUUUCCUGCAAGUCUUCAUGGGAUACACAGUCAAGUCCAAGCCCAAGACUGCCACCGCUGACUCUCCAGCGACUCCCUUCAGUGUGAUGGUCCACAAGCUUCAAGACCUGCUCAGUAGGUCUGAGCACUUCGAAGUCAUCACAGUUCACCAAAACACAUUUGACGGUAACCGCAGCAGUGCGGCUUCCAUGCUUGCGAAGCAGAUAAGGCUAAGACUGGUAGCGGAUGAUGAGUCGGAAAUCCCGAGGUCUUAUCGUAACAUCAUGGUGUCGAUUCACGCAAUAGCAACGUUCAAGUCCCUUGAUGAUUACUUACGCCCAAGGAUCAGCUUGUCAGAGAGGCCACGCGGUUCUAGGCGAGCUGACAACCUCUCCAGAGCCCUUGCCUCGCUUGCUGGCUCUGCUGGGUUGCCCCUGAGCCAUGCUGCCGCAAGACUUGCCGAACGCGCCUCAGCUGCUUCUGGGUCGAGCCCCAUUCCCCCUCCACCCAGCGCUCCCACGCCUGGUGGUUCGCGGUCCCUGCGCAAGACGAAGACCAAGUCAACACCGCAGUCGGACGCCGCAGCCACUCCUGAUACCUCUUCGAGCACCAGAGACAAGGGUGUGUUGCGCAGAUCGACGCGUCGAAGCGCCGGUGCCCCUGCAGAUAGCCCGGCUCCCUCGAGACCGCCUCCGGAGGAAGACGACGACCUGCAGAACGCACUCGAGUGUGCAGACGAGAAGCAAUUGUCCGACGACGAAGAGAUUGGCGGCAGCAGUGCUCUCGACGCUAUUGUUGGUGAUCUGGAUGAGGAUAUGGGCGAGUCGCCUGGUCCUGAGCCUGGCGCUGUCAAUAUGGAGAUCGCGGCCGGUGGAAAGGUUACCGCACGCAAGGACGAUGGUACUAGAGUUCCAACGCCAUCUCAAAGCGCCCUUCCCACUCGGUCCAGUGGUCUUCCGGCCCCGCCGUCGCAAGAAACUCCGACGCCGUCGGCUCCCUCUCGAGCCAUGUCAUACGCCGCUGCUAUCCAGGCUGUGCCGCAAGACUGGCACAUCGAGUUCACCCUCGACGGUAAGGUGAUCCCUAGUGAGACUACCAUCUAUCGCGCGGUUCACACCAUGGCUUCGAACUCCGACGAGCACCUUAGCCGCAGCGUGUGGUCUGCUGUUCAUCCCAUCAAGUUCCGCCGUGCCCCAGGACCUCCUCCUGCGGAGACCUUGUCCUUCAGUCCCAACACUGAGUCGAGUAACGAGGAGAGCGGCGACGGAAACGUCCCCGCGUCUCUGGCGAAGCAUCCAUCUACUGCCUCGAUUCUUCGUCUACUCAACAUUCUUCACGACUUGAACGCCAACAUUGAAGACGUCAUGGUCGAGAACAGUGAGAAGGACGCCGUUCGACUGAAUGUCGAGCCCCUGUCUCAGUUCGUCAACACAAAGCUCACUGCCAAGCUGAACAGACAACUGGAGGAGCCGCUCAUUGUGGCAAGCAAUUGCAUUCCCAGUUGGGUGGAGGAUCUGGCGAGGUUAUACCCCUUCCUCUUCCCCUUUGAGACGAGACACUUGUUCCUGCAAUCAACCUCAUUCGGGUAUGCUCGCUCCAUGACGCGCUGGCAAAACGCAUCGGCAGACGAUUCCAGACGCGACCGUAGGGAUCACGACCGUCCUUUCUUAGGCCGACUUCAACGCCAGAAGGUCCGCAUCUCCAGGUCUAAGAUUUUGGAGUCUGCGUUGAAGGUGAUGGAGCUUUAUGGGGCUUCGCAGAGUAUUCUCGAAGUCGAGUACUUUGAAGAGGUCGGCACUGGCCUGGGUCCUACUCUGGAGUUCUACUCGACUGUCUCCAAGGAGUUCGCCAAGAAGAAGCUCAAGCUCUGGAGAGAGAUGGACUCGAACGACUCGGAAGAGUACAUCUCUGGCGCAAGUGGGCUCUUCCCUCGACCGCUUAGCGACGACGAUUCAUCCUCCCCCAAUGGCGAACGCAUUCUGCAGCUGUUCAAGACGCUCGGCAAGUUCGUCGCUCGGUCCAUGAUUGACUCCCGUAUCAUCGACUUGAACUUCAACCCCAUCUUCUUCCGCAUUGGAGACAGCUCAUUUGCACCCGGCGUGAAGCCUUCUCUUGGUGCCGUUAAGGUCGUCGACCCCGGUUUGGCUCGAUCUCUGAAGACUAUCAAGAAGUUCGCCUUGGCCAAGAAGGAGAUCGACGAAGAUCCCUCUCGCACGGCCGCGCAAAAGGUGGCGGACACUGAAGACAUCACUAUAGAUGGUGUCAAGUUGGAUGACCUUUGCCUGGAUUUCACCCUUCCAGGACACCCCGAAAUCGAGCUCACACCUAAUGGCGCCCAAUCGCGCGUCACCAUCGACAACGUGGAUUCGUACCUCGAGCGCGUGGUUGACAUGACCUUGGGAGCUGGCGUGCGCCGACAAGUCGAUGCCUUCCGGACUGGCUUCUCCCAAGUCUUCCCUUACUCGGCCUUGAGCGCAUUCACCCCUGACGAACUCGUCACCUUGUUCGGUAGAGUCGAAGAAGACUGGUCCCUUGAAACUCUCAUGGACUCGAUCAAGGCAGACCACGGCUACAAUAUGGACAGCAGGAGCGUCAAGAACCUGCUCCAGACGAUGAGCGAGUUGACUCCUGCUGAGCGCCGCGACUUCUUGCAAUUCACGACUGGUAGCCCCAAGCUCCCGAUUGGGGGCUUCAAGAGCUUGACGCCCAUGUUCACGGUUGUCUGCAAGCCCAGCGAGGCCCCAUACACAUCUGACGACUACCUCCCCAGCGUCAUGACCUGUGUGAACUACCUCAAAUUGCCCGAUUACACCACCAUCGACAUCAUGCGCAAGCAACUCUCCACAGCAAUCAAGGAGGGACAGGGAGCGUUCCAUCUAUCUUAA